GUCAGGAAACCAGUCGCAAUUCGGAGAAUUGUGUGCUUGUUGGGCAAUUCGGUGGAUUUUUGCUUCGCCAGCAAAUCGGGGUUGCGUUGUGGAGGAAUUGCGGUGUGGGUUUCGCCUGCGAUUCGGCACCGAGAACUGGGUUUUGAUGGUUUACCGCGUCUUACAGGAGUCUUGCUGCGAACUUCCUCUUGUACACCAAAUUUGAGGCGAGAAAUUCCUUCUUCAAUUGGCUUGAAUCUCCCCGCACACGCUCUCAAUUUUGCUUCGAUCAUUCAUCAGUCUCGUUUUGCCUCGAUCGACCCGCCCGAAGAGGGCCUCCAUUGUUGAGUCCCUUUUAAGUGAGGGUUUUUGUGUGGGAAGAGUAGGGGAGGCAAGAGUGCAAAGAUGGCGAGGUUGUCAGGAAUGCAGAAACAAGUACUCAGCCUAUACCGAUCAUUCCUGCGUGCAGCACGAAUCAAACCCCCAGAGUCCCGCAAAGACAUCGAAUCUUUCGUGGGGGCCGAGUUCCGGAAGUAUGCCCAGAUGGACAAGAAGGAGUUUCAAAGCAUAGAAUUUCUUCUGAGGCGGGGCAACAAGCAGCUAGAAAUGCUGAAGAGCCCAGGUGUAAGCGGCUUCUCCUACGUCGCCCCUAAAGGAAUGCAGGCGUUGCGUUGUGAUGCGGAGAGUGCUGCCUGGUUCUCAUGUGUGGAAGCAGGAUAUUGCAACUGGCUUCAGUUGUGUUUCUUCCCACCCAGCAUGAAUUCAUGCUUCGUUUACACCCUGGAUCAAUGCAUUGGAAAUUCGUUUCAUUUGGUUAUUUCCAAUGCAUUGAUCCAGGGUGUAAGCGAAAAUUAAAGUUGGGACAACUUCUGAUGAUUAGCACAUGAAAUUCGUGUACUAUUUCAUGAAAUCUUUGCUCGCCAUGGUCUGUCGUUUGGUUUCGUAAAGCUUCAGUGAUACUGAACAUGGUUUGAAUGAUUAAAUGCCUAGUUUUAGCCAUUUCCCGCGUUUAAGUCGACUAGGAAGUUCAUUAUAAUAUUUUUAUGGUCGUCUUUGUUAGCUUUUCAAAUCAAAAUCUUCGAACACUUCCAUUUGACCUAAAAUGUUGAUCUAUUGAAAAUUAUUUUAGUGUGCUCCAA